AUGGAGGCGAAUGCUGCUGCGACUCUGCAAGCUGCGCAGAGGUUAGGACAACCGGCGAGGAAUGGUGACGAAAAUGGUGAUGACUUGGGAGGUGCUCCGAUGACCCUAGCUACGUUUCUGAAAGUUCACCCACCUACUUUCAGAGGAUUGACCAAUCCCACAGAAACGGAUAACUGCUUCUGGAAGAGGCCCAGAAUUGGUGGCGGGCAGAAUGCCACUUGCUUCAACUUCAAAACUCCAAUGUUCCUUGGGAAAGUAUUCCGAAAGGCCUUCUACAAGAAGUACUUUCUUGAGUCUGCAAGGGAAGCGAAGGAGAUAAAACUUUUGCAGCUGAAGCAAGGUUCCUUAUUGGUGGCGGACUACACCAGCCGAUUUGAGGAACUCUGUAGGUUCUCUAGGGCGUGUCAGGGUGCCCCGGAGACCUAUGAAAGUUGGAAGUGUGUCCAGUAUCAAAGGGGCUUGAAGGACGAUAUCAUGACUGCUGUGGCUCCUAUGGAGAUUCGGAUUUUCUCUGAUCUGGUGAACAAGGCAAGAGUGGUUGAGGAAUACGCAAAGACGGUAGCCUCGUCAGGGGACACUCAUGGAGGAAACACUAGUAGAGAACGUGGCGAUUACCUUGGGGACAGAACUUCAAGAGAUUUGGUGAAGGGAAGCGGUCAAGGGCUUACUCCCCUGAUAUGA